AUGACGCAGCUUGUCAACAAAAACCUAAUAACACUGAAAUGUGUCCUCUUCUGUUUCCUCUCAGGCAUAGGAUGCAUAUACCCGUUCCUGCCGCUGCAUAUGCUGGCGAUUGGUCUGGACAAAGCCGAAGCGCGUCUUAUAUCUGCUGUGACGCCUUGCAUCGCCUUACUUGGACCAGCGAUUCUGGGACCCCUCAUUGACAAAUUGUCUGUGGGACGGGGCUCCACCGGCGGUAAUACCAGCCCCAGCGGAUCAAGCCGCUUACUGCGCACCGUCACAGCUCUAUGUCUCGUUCUGAGUGCGCUGUUCUACUCUCUGCUGCUGGCGGUGCCUUACACGGAGCGACACGAUGCGCGCCGGCCCCAGGUCCUAUUCAUGUGCGACGCUGAGGGCGCGUACGUCAUGCAGGAAGCGUGCGCCGAGGGGAUGCGGUGCAACAGCUGGCCAGGAGUCAAGAGAGGCGUGCUAGCCGUCGGCGCCUGCGAAUACGGCUGCGCUGACGAGGACAUGUCCUGGCUGACGGAGCCCUUCACCACCACGUCCACCAGCACCACGUUAAGCCCCAUGUACAACAGCGUGGCCAAUGUGACCAUGUCGACAGAGCCCCCCCAGGAGGACGCCGAAGACGGCGCCGACUUCGAGGUGAACCCGCCCCACCUGUGCACGGACGGCCACUGCCUGGUGUACAUGCAGCACGCCGCCCGCCUCCGGGUGCCGCUCGCCCUGGAAGCAGACGCAGCCAACGCCACGGCUGCCAACAGCACGGAGGCCGCCAACGCCACCGACGACGGCUGGUGCCGAUACCGCGGGCCCUUCCAAUGCCGGGUGCCCGAGGAGCGGUUGGCGGAGGUGCACACGCGCGACGUCCCGUGCAGGCCGGCGGUGCGCUGUCAGGUUUUGGACCCCUACGACGAGCCGGACGCCGUCCUCUCCGACGCGGAGUGCCGCUUGGUCAUCGGCAACCCCGCUUACACCUUCUGGGUCUACUUCUUACUAAGGGCGCUGGCGGACGUUUGUCCCACCGCGGCGCUGGCGCUGCUGGGCACCGCGUGCGUGAUCGCCACCCGCGAGACGUCGCUGGGGCGCGGCGACGUGGGCCGCCAGCUGGCCUGCGGCACGCUGGGCCUGGCGCUCUUCCCGCCGCUGGCCGCGCUGGCGGCGGACCUGGUCCCGGACGCCCCGUACGCGGUGCCCUUCGCGAUGCACGCGCUCUUCAUGGCGCUGGGCGCGGCGGUGCUUCUGGUCGACAGCGGGAUGCCGCUGUCGGCGCCCGAGUGGUGGUGGCACACGGCCACGGGCGCGCUGGCGGUGCCGCUGAGCGCGGUGAGACGCGCCGGCGCCGAGACGGCGGCCGUGCUCGCCGUGCUCGUGCUGCUCGGCGCGCUCUGGAGCGGCAUCGACACCUACCUCCCCUGGACCAUACUGGCGCUGAACGGGACGGUGCCGGAUGUGGGCCUGGCGCGCGUGGCGGCCGCCCUGCCCGCGCUGCCCGCCCUCUUCUGGGCGGAGGCGCUCGUCGACUACGUGGGCCACUCCAACGUCUUCAUCGGCGCCUUCACCUUCUACAGCCUCCGCUACACGGGCUUGGCGUUCAGCACGUCGUACGCGUGGGUGGUGGUGAGCGAGCUGCUGGAGGUGUUCACGCUGAGCCUGGUGUGGGCGACGGCCGUGCUCUACUUCCGCCACCUGGUGCCCAAGAAGUACACCACCACGGGGCAGGCGCUGCCGGUGAUCGCGCACUUCUGCGUCGGUCGGUGCAUCGGGGCCAUAGUGGGCGGGAUGGUGGGGCUGGAGGAGCCGCUGGCGUCCGCCCGCGGCACGUACCGGGCCCUCGGCGUCGCCGCCCUGCUGGUGGCGGCGGCGUACCUGGCGCUGUACCACCUGGUGCUGGCCCCGCGCUGCACCGCGCCGCCCGCCGCCCCGCCGCGCGCCCUCCUGCAAGGUAUAGGCGCGAACGGCGCCUCCAACGGUUCGUACUCACCCAUGAGAGUGUACCACGAAGAGCGUUCGCGGAAGGGGCAUUUCCGCUAC